UGGAGUGAGGAUGAAGGUGCUGGUGGUGUUUCUGCUGGCAGCGCUGGGCUGCAGUCUGGCUGAGGGGUGGCUGGUGUCCAAAUGUGACCUGAGGGACCAGCUGGUGAAGGCCAUCGGUGACCUGACGGAGAUGGAAAAGCAGAAAGGACUGACCGGAGAGAACUUGGUGGCCAAGAUCGUCUGUCACGUGGAGCUGGCAUCAGGUUUUAACACCAGCGCAGUGAAUGAGCUGAUCCCCGGGCUGGAAGACCACCACCACAGGUCCAGGAGGGGCGCUCGUAACCAGGGCCAUGGGGGCAAAUCCAGUUCCGACAGCGAGGAGCAACAGCACACCAGGCAGCCUCCGUCGCACACCCGGCCUCCACCUCACGAGGAAAUCUGGACAUUAUAUGGCCUUUUCCAGCUCAGCGACCACCUGGUCUGCAGCGACGGCACGACUUCGUCACCCAACAUCUGUGGGAUAAACUGCAGCAACUUGAUUGAUGACGACAUCCGUGAUGACAUCAGCUGCGUGCUGAAGAUCUUGACCAAUCUUGUUGAGAAAGGCUUCGGGGCGGCCAACUGGGAGGAGCUGAAAAGAAUGAUCAGGUUCAUCUUCCAGGAAGCGUGCAGAGAUAAGCAAGCCUCCGAUUACUUUGCUGAAUGCCCAUAACCUACAUUCAUUCAGUGCCAUAACAAUCACUUGAGAAGUUGAUCCUCUCUCAAAUGAUUCGAGGUCAUAAUAAAGUGAAGCAUGUUCCACUCGUAGAGUUUUUGUCUUAAAUCCAGAAUAAUAUUUGCCCCUGGUGGAGUCACCAGGACCUUACUAU